UCUCUGUGUGGACAGACAUAAUGUGAGCUAAUUAUUCCUGAUUCCUCCACAGAGUGGACCAGGAGAGCUCAGAGGUUCCCAGUGGUCAGUCUGCCCAGCAGCAUCAAACACACCUGGACUCCAUAUUUAUGCUGCUGGAGGAGGACAUUGGCACUUUUGUGAAUAACGAGCUGAAGAAGAUCCAGAAGGUUCUGAGUCCAGAUUAUCCAGAAUGCUUAAAGAGUCAGGGGGAGGAUGAGGAGGUGUUGGACGGUGAGGAUGAAGAGCAGAGGAGGAGCAGCAGAGAGGCAUUUCUGAAGAUCACACUGCACUUCCUGAGGAGAAUGAAGCAGGAGGAGCUGGCUGACCGUCUGCAGAGCAGAAGUCUUGCUGCAGGUGGCAAAAGUAAACUCAAAUCUAACCUGCACAAGAAGUUCCAGUGUAUGUUUGAGGGGAUUGCUAAAGCAGGAAACCCAACACUUCUGAAUCAGAUGUUCACAGAGAUCUACAUCAUAGAGGGAGGGACUGCAGAGGUCAAUCAUGAACAUGAGGUCAUACAGAUUGAAACAGCAUCCAGGAAACCAGACAGACCAGAAACAAUAAUCAGACAAGAAGACAUAUUUAAAACCUCACUUGGAAGAGAUGACCCAAUCAGAACAGUGAUGACUAAGGGAGUGGCUGGCAUCGGGAAAACAGUCUUAACGCAGAAGUUCACUCUGGACUGGGCUGAAGACAAAGCCAACCAGGACAUCCAGUUUACAUUUCCAUUUACUUUCAGAGAGCUGAAUGUGCUGAAAGAGGAAAAGUACAGCUUGGUGGAACUUGUUGAUCGCUUCUUUAGUGAAACCAAAGAAGCAGGAAUUUGCAGAUUUGAAGAGGUCGUGUUCAUCUUUGACGGUCUGGAUGAGUGUCGACUUCCUCUGGACUUCCACAACACUGAGAUCCUGACUGAUGUUACAGAGUCCACCUCAGUGGAUGUGCUGCUGACAAACCUCAUCAGGGGGAAACUGCUUCCCUCUGCUCGCCUCUGGAUAACCACAAGACCUGCAGCAGCCAAUCAGAUCCCUCCUGAGUGUGUUGACAAGGUGACAGAGGUCAGAGGGUUCAAUGACCCACAGAAGGAGGAGUACUUCAGGAAGAGAUUCAGAGAUGAGGAGCAGGCCAGCAGAAUCAUCUCCCACAUCAAGACAUCACGAAGCCUCCAUAUCAUGUGCCACAUCCCAGUCUUCUGCUGGAUCACCGCUACAGUUCUGGAGGACGUGUUGAAGACCAGAGAGGGAGGAGAGCUGCCCAAGACCCUGACUGAGAUGUACAUCCACUUCCUGGUGGUUCAGUCCAAAGUGAAGAAUAUCAAGUAUGAUGGAGGAGCAGAGACAGAUCCACACUGGAGUCCAGAGAGCAGGAAGAUGAUGGAGUCUCUGGGAAAACUGGCUUUUGAGCAGCUGCAGAAAGGCAACCUGAUCUUCUAUGAAUCAGACCUGACAGAGUGUGGCAUCGACAUCAGAGCAGCCUCAGUGUACUCAGGAGUGUUCACACAGAUUUUUAAAGAGGAGAGAGGACUGUACCAAGACCAGGUGUUCUGCUUCGUCCAUCUGAGUGUUCAGGAGUUUCUGGCUGCUCUUCAUGUCCAUCUGACAUUCAUCAACUCUGGAGUCAACCUGCUGGCAGAAGAACAAACAACCAUCCGGUGGUUUGAAGUGUUCAGAGACAAAUCAACACGUUUCUACCAGAGUGCUGUGGACAAGGCCUUACAGAGUCCAAAUGGACACCUGGACUUGUUCCUCCGCUUCCUCCUGGGUCUUUCACUGCAGACCAAUCAGAGUCUCCUACGAGGUCUGCAGACAAAGACAGGAAGUAGCUCACAGAUGAAAAGGAAAUCAGUUGAGUACAUCAAGAAGAAAAUCUGUGAGAAUCUGUCUGUAGAGAGAAGCAUCAAUCUGUUCCACUGUCUGAAUGAACUGAAUGAUCGUUCUCUAGUGGCCGAUAUCCAACAGUCCCUGAGUUCAGGAAGUCUCUCCAAAGAUAAACUGUCUCCUGCUCAGUGGUCAGCUCUGGUCUUCAUCUUACUGUCAUCAGAAAAAGAUCUGGACGUGUUUGACCUGACAAAAUACUCUGCUUCAGAAGAGACUCUUCUGAGGCUGCUGCCAGUGGUCAAAGCCUCCAGCAAAGCUCUUCUGAGUGGCUGUAAGCUGUCAGAGAGAAGCUGUGAAGCUCUGUCCUCAGUUCUCAGUUCCCAGUCCUCUAGUCUGAGAGAGCUGGACCUGAGUAACAACGACCUGCAGGAUUCAGGAGUGAAGCAGCUGUCGGCUGGACUGAAGAGUCCACACUGCAGACUGGAAACUCUCAGUCUGUCAGGCUGUCUGGUCUCAGAGGAAGGCUAUACAUCUUUGGCCUCAGCUCUGAGCUCCAACCCCUCUCAUCUGAGAGUGCUGGACCUGAGCUACAAUCAUCCAGGAGACUCGGGAGUGAAGCUGCUGUCAGCUGGACUUAAGGGUCCAAACUGGAGACUGGACACUCUCAGGAUGGACCAUGGUGGACUGCAGUGGUUGAGACUUGGUCUGAGGAAGUAUGUCUGUGAACUGAUAGUGGACAAAAACACAGUAAACAGAAAACUCAAACUGUCUGACAACAACAGGAAGGUGACAUAUGUGGAGGAGAAUCAGUCAUACCCUGAUCAUCCAGACAGAUUUGACUCCUGGGAACAGCUGCUGUGUAGAAAUGGUCUGACUGGUCGCUGUUACUGGGAGGUUGAGAAGAGAGGAAGGGUUCAUAUAUCAGUUAGUUACAGAGGAAUCAGAAGGAGAGGAAACAGUGAUGGCUGUGUGUUUGGAGGGAAUGAUCAGUCCUGGAGUCUGAGCUGCUCUGAUGAUGGCUACUCUGUCUGUCACAAUAACAGAGAAACAGUCCUCACUUCCUGCUCUGUCUCUAACAGAGUAGCAGUGUAUGUGGACUGUCCUGCUGGCACUCUGUCAUUCUACACAGUCUCCUCUGACUCACUGAUCCACCUCCACACCUUCAACACCACAUUCACUCAACCUCUUUAUCCUGGGUUUUGGGUCUGGUCAGCUGGUUCCUCAGUGUCUCUGUGUCCUCUGUAG